UUGUGGGUUCAAUGAAACACAUUUUACCAGCUUUCUUUUUAUCUGAGUCCAAACUAUCUGUGUGGACAUGCAUUAUUUAAGGCGUUAUGACUUGUUCUUUUUUUUUUUAGAUGACCCAACAAAUGGCAUUUCUGGAUAGAAGAGACAGACAUCCGGGUUGGAUGCUCCGACCUCAACAGGUGACGCAGAGUCAACAGCAGAAGGAUGGUGACCUGACUCUGCUGCCAAAUCCAGUUCUGGCUUCAAAUCAACACAGGCUGCUUCACCAGGAGCUGCUCUUCUGCCACAGACGUGGUCUGUUGCCAAGAGCGAAGUCGGAGCUGCAGCGUGUGAUGGAACGCAAACAGAGAGAGCAGCACAGGCAGAGGGAGAUGUCCCUCUAUCCUCCCUCUGACCUAGAAAUAAAGCUGUGCUUGAGGCAGCAGAGAAUACAAACAAGUGAGCUGGAGGAGCAGAGAAGGAGUGAGAGUCUACAGAAUGCACCGGAGUUUGUCCGCGUUAAAGGAACUUUAAAGCAUGUUGGCAGGUUUUCUGAGUGAUGACUGAAGUGGCAAAAACACAGGAAUUAACUUCAGUGU